CACGCUGCUUUCCCAAAUUCGCGAUAUUGUCGCCGUCGAUAUCGACUCUAUGGAUAAUGAGGUAGCAGCUCGUCAUACGAAAGACAUCAAAUUUUGCGAUAUGACCUCGAAUCAAGCUAUCGUUUAUCACGAAUCUCUACGAACAGAACGGGCACAUCUGCUUCAAGCAGCCAUUGAGGCGGUGAAGAAACAAGGUCAACAAAACGAGGAAAAGUUUCUCCAGGACGUACUGGAUGUCUUCACGGUUCUCUUAGGCAAAAAGGUGUAUCCUCAUCUAACCGGGAACGUACAUGCACAAACAUCUCCUUCUACGGCGUACGAUACUGAGAAAACGGUCCAACACGCAAGAAAACUGGUUUCGAUAUUUGAAGCUAAUAAGAUUCCCAAAGAACGCGUUUGCAUCAAAAUCCCCGCUACACCAGAAUCCAUGGUGGCGUGCAAGGUGUUAGCAGAGAUGGGCAUCCAGACUCUCGCAACUACCCUCUUCUCGGUUCCUCAAGCCAUCGCUGCUUCCCAAGCGAACUGCACCUUCGUCGCGCCUUACUUUAACGAACUCCGAGUUCAUUUCGAACCUUCAUUGUGGCGGGACUACACCCAUCCUGCCGAAGACCACCCGUCAUCGCAAACCAUCGUAUCGAUCAAGCAAGCUUUCCAGACCCUUGAAUCCAAAACCCAAGUUAUGCCUGCAAGGUGACCUUCUGUUCUGUUUCCUGUGGGUUGUGGAACAGUUCUCACUGUAUCCCUCAGUAUCGUUACCGUCAACGAGGUACGUCCAAUCUGUUGCCCAUGAGUUCGAGGUGGUCACUAAAUCUGACUUCUGAAACGCAAAUCAUCAAAUGCCAGGUCAUCGGUCUUGUCUCUCUCAAACCUGACCAUCUCACAAUAUCCGGCGGCCUUCUCGAUAAGCUCUCGCAAUUGCCUCCGGAACCAACCGAAUCUUUCAAAACCUCUCUCACGCCUGUAAUCGAUGAGGCACAACGUGCGGAAUUCCUUUCAUUUCUUCUAUCAGCAUAUCAUUUCACUUUCACUUUAUAUCCUUUCUAGUAAAAACAGACUACCUGGCAAACAACGGCGAAGCUCUUCGCAUCGCUAUUCAGAAGGACGAAGAUGUCUCACGAAGGGUCACCGAUGCACUUACACUCUUUGACCAGUUUGAGAUGAAGGCGAAGGAGGUUGUUAAGGGGCUGGUGAGAUAGUGUCAGCAUUCUUCCAUCUGUUACUAGUAUUCAUGUAAGUAUGAAAUCCGGAACUCGGUCCUAUGUUUCGAAAGAGGAAAUAAAAUUGUUUUGCU